CCAAGUCCUCCCAAAGGGUUCAAGAAGAUAGUCCUGCUUCAUACUACCGGAGGAGGUCAUAAGAGCUCUCGAAGCUGACUUCUAAUGACACGCAAAACUCCGUCUGUAGUAAAAGAAACUUUUAGAGAGGUCUGGUAUGACUACUACGCAUGGGAGCCCACGUACUGCUCCCGGAAGCUUACUUCACUUCGUGCCAACAUGGGCCUUCCGGCGGUACACUCCAUAUCGGAUUCGGACCUGACGGACCCCAACCACCCUGCCGAAGACGGGAUACCCACGAGAAAUAUGUCUAUCACUGACUCGGAAACAUCGUUCACUCGCUACACAGUAAACGAAAGUAUUCAGCUCCACACAGCGAUCGUAGAUGCGGAUACAACGACAAUAACAAUGACGCUCACACCAUAUCCACCGUACGAGUCUUGCACUCCGGCGUCCCGCAACAUACUCCAUGGAGACGAUCCAAAUUAUCUGCCGUUUAUUCCGUUCGCCGACGAUCCAACGUUCGACCCCACCGAGUACGUUUACGACCACAAAGGGUUAGCAUGGCAGGAAGCCUACCGCGACUCGGACGUCCUUGAGAUCGUGCUCGAGACGGCGCGGCGCGUGCACUUUCAGCGCGGUGUGUCCAUCGAGCAUAUCGACGCCACCGGGAUCCUGCCUCUCGAGUUGCGGACGACGUCCGUGUGGGGUGCCAUCUGGACCGGAAGAAUGAGGUCGUCGAGAUCCUUGUACCCACCGCUCCCAGAUCUGUCGCCCCCACCGCGGCAUGAUCUUCGGGUAAGACUGCAGGACUACAUGACGUUGUGGUGUCCGCACGUCGACUGCAUGGAAGCGAACUGCCUAUCUCAUGCUUCUGAACAGUUUGAGAUCGACCUCCGCCAGCCUCGCUCUUCUGGGGAAGAGCAGUUCAAACUCCUCUCCAACGCACUGCCGUGUAGUCCGGAGUGUCAAAUGAACGGCCCCACGAAUCAUGAGGACGAGAUCCGCUGGACGGACGAAGAACUUGGCGAGCUACAAGUUGCAGUGUUGUGUAGCAAGUUCAUUCGCACUGCGGUUGAGGACGAUGGAGCCGACGAUCAUCAGAUGCUCAAUCCGAUAUUCGGGGACGAGACCGCUCCCAACUUCGUUCCCAACGCGCCAUGCGCUCAUACCGGUCCAUGCAGUCCAGAUACGGGAUGUGCGUGCAGCCUGAACAACGCGCAUUGCGCAAGUGCUUGUCGAUGUGCGAAAACUUGUGCGAGGAGAUGGAAAGGCUGCCACUGUCCCAGCUUAGUCGUGAAGAGCUACAAGAAGCACAAGAAAGACAAGGUGAUCCCUGCGUGCUCCACGGACCUCUGUCCGUGCCGGAAAGCGCGGAGGGAGUGCGACCCUGAGGUGUGCUCUCCGUGUCGCAAGUCCUGCAGAAACUUGCAGAUCCAGCAGUGUCUGUCCAAGAGCGUUUCGGUCAGGCAAAGCGACCAUGGUCUCGGUCUCUUCCUAGACGAGGACGUCAAGGAAGGAGACCUCGUUGCUGAGUAUGUGGGAGAGCUCAUCUACGAGCCGACCUUCCAAUGUCGCAGUCAAUUGGCGGAACAUAUCGGGCGCAGCUAUGUCUUCGGACUGAAUACCCAGAUAUCCGUGGACAGCACGUACGCGGGCAAUCCUGCGAGGUACAUCAACCACGCUCCUUAUAGGAAGGCGAACUUAGAAGUGAUGAUCUUGUUCGUACACGGAGAGCAGAGGAUCGGCAUAUUCGCGAAGAAGAGCAUUGCACGCGGGACAGAGCUCUUCCUUGACUAUGGGCCAGAGUUCCCCAUUCAGCACGGAGAGAAGAGGAAGACUCCGUAGCACGCAUUUAUAUAAACCUCGCCAGGGUUCAGGAGCGGUGAGCGCAUAUGUCGAACACAGUACACGAGAUCUCUGCUCUCAAGCACACUAGGUGCACGACCGAGUAGCGC